AUGGCGCCCUACGUUGACCUGAGGGAUGACAAGCUCUUCCCCUCCUGGCGUAACCUCCCGAUCGCCACCGACACGCACUCUUGUUUCCUGGCAGAAAUCCAAGAAUGCGAUGGCUUCCUGCGCUACCGCACCAUUGUCAGGGACCAUGAGGGCGCCGAGUCUGUCGUGGCGUUCUAUCCGGACAGCUACGAUGACGGCUUCGACUUCAAGCAGCUAAGGAGUGGUCGCACGCUGGCGAUCAUGAAUGCCCUGCCGCACCAUUUCCUCGACGGAACGCACGGGGUCAGGGUCGAGGACAUGGACGAUGUCUGCGUGUUCCCCAUCGGUCUGCAGGCACUGCGAGAGCUUAGUCACGACGUGGUCAAGUACGCCGUGGACAGUGAGAGCAAGCAGUGGAAGUGCCAAGGCUGUGAAACCAGCAAGCCGACUGGUCAGAUGAGCCGCUGCGGAGAGUGCAAGGUCUACUCCUACUGCAGCAAGGAGUGCCAGGCCAAGGGUUGGACGGACAAGAAACACAAGUCGACUUGCAAGGUCAUGCGUGGUCCCAACUUCUUGUCACUGUUGAAGUUUGACUUUUCUUCGGGUCCGGACUCGAACCCACUCACGUUCCAGCGACGUUGA